GACAGAGGAGGAGGUUUUUCUGCGGGAUGUGACCGAGUUCAGUCCUGAGGCCGGCUGAGUGGGCCGGGGGGGGAGCUGUCCGCUGUGCUGAACAUCUGCUGCAGCUGCUGACAGAUCAUCACCAUCAUCUUCAUCUUCAUCCCCCUGUGUUGGCGAUUACAUGUCCUCACCUGUGACACCGGCUGCUGAGGUCUUCUCAUGAAUGAUUCCCCCAGAACGAAGAGGUUCCUCAGGAUGAAGAUGUGUAACUAGAACAACUCAGGGCAACACAACCAAACCAUUGGAGUGUUUAGAAUACAAAAACGUUUUCUGAAGCCAACACAACUCGGAUCAUUUACAGCCUGUGAGGAUCUGUGGAACAUCUUCAGCCAUUCAGAAGAGAUUUAUACUUUAAUUUGUAUUUAUGAUAAAGUUGAGGUGACGACCACUGUGUUUAUACUGUUCACAUUAGAAUGAAUGUGUAAGAAUGAGAGAAAACCAGAGAGGGUCACACAAACACCAGCCAGUUUGAUCUAAUAAAACCUCCCUGAGCAUCUCACCAGAGGGCUCAUUCAUUUACCACUGAUUUGCCCUGUGUUGUUUCUGCUGGAACUAUUUCUUUGCCCUGGGGCUUGUGGGAGAACACUAUUUGCAUUUAGUCCCAUCUGCUGCCAGAUUUCACUAUGUGAUCCUCCUCCUCGGUUUUUAAACACAUGACCCCGCAGAGUCAUGCCAGUCCAGACAUCUUCUGACUGCAAAACCAAACGUGCACAGUGAACAGUUUCUACCAAUCAAAGCGUCCAGAAUGAGCGACACUAACUACUGGGUAGUGGACUAUGAGCUCUCCUCUCCUGCUCCACCUGGGUUCCCCAGGGGCCCGACAGUGCUGCAGCCGGCCAUUGUGGGACACCCAGAGCAGGGAACAGCCCUGUGUUUCGUGGGCCUCCUCGUGCUCCUGCUGCUCUUCCUCGUGGUUCGCUGCGUCCGUAUCUUGUUGGACCCCUACAGCAGCAUGCCGGCUUCCUCGUGGACAGACCACAAGGAGGGGCUGGACAGAGGACAGUUUGAUUAUGCAUUGGUGUAAAGAUGAGGGGGGUGAUGGAGAGAUGGAUGAUGGUUCUUUUGAGGGAGUUUUAAAUGAUGAGGAGAAGUGAAGAGCUUCUGUUUCCAGCUUUUUAUCUCCUGAAAAAUCAAAGAAUCCUGGAAAUGAAAGAAACAAUAUGUUAUAGUUACAUAUCUGUUAUUUUGUUAGGGGUCAUAGAAGCUGCCAGAUGUCCUUUGCAAAACCAUAGAUUGUAUAUAACGAUGGAUGACACGUCCCCACCCCCCCCCACGAUUUGAAAUAUCCUGGAUAUAAAUGCUGCGAUCUUGUUCAUUCAGAAAUGUGUAACAACUACCUGGAAUGACAGAAACCAUAAUUGAGUGUGUAUAUGUACUUUAAUUUAGUCCAUGCCCCAUCUACUAACAUGGAGGAAGCAGAAUUUAUAACCUAUACUGCAGCCAGCCUCCAGGCUUUAUAUAAACUUUAUGAUCAAAACCAUUAACCAGAAGCUGAGUAUUGGGGAUAUUCAGCAGAACAGAAACACCAGACGUCCUGUGUCCAGUUUCAUUUCCAUCAAGUAAUGUAUUACUGGAGACUUAUGGUGUGUGUGUGUGUGUGUGUGUAUGAUGUAACGCUGCAGCUUUCAGAGUGACAAACACUGCAGGAAGACAAUGAUCAGUAUCGCAGCAUCAUGUUGAUCAUGUCAUUUUGUAUUUCUAUAAUCUUUUUACAAAUCCCAGGGCAGAAUUAUAAAUAGAGAGCAGAGCUGCAGCAGGAGAGGCCCUGAUUGAAUACAAAAAUUAAUCAAAUGAGUUUAGAACAGACGAGGAAGUCAUUUGGACAGAACUAAUACACUCUGUAAAUGGAGAUAUACGGUGGAGAGUGUGAACUUUACAUGUUAUAUGUAAAAUGUUUUUAUUUUUGAAAGUAUAGCUGAACCAAAAAAUGAAGAAGAUGUCACAUUAGUUUCUCUGAGACUGUAAACCUUCCUCUUGUUUGUUUGACCAUGCUGGAUAUUGUGUAGCAUUUGUUCCACCUCUAAGGUGAUCCUCAGGUAAAAUCAUAAAACUUUUGUACCCGCGUACGUCAUGUCAGAUUCACCGCGUAAAACUUUAUAAUACAGAACAGUUAAUACAGUCAAUUUUAUUUUGGGCGUUGCUGUUUCAUGUCGCCAUCCCUUUAAGAAGCGUAUGAUCCUCAGUGAGGAGGGUCACGGCGCUCGACUGAAUACAUGUCAUAGGAAGUUAUGAUUAUAAAAUGCAUGUACACCAAUUUCCUCCCCCUUGACCCGCUCUUGCCUUUAGGCCCCAUCCAGUGCACCAGCCAAAUCUGUUCAACAGUGCCUGUAGGACUAUGAGAAUAUGAACUGUUUCAUACUGAGAAUAUGUCUGCUCCUUUGUUUUGUAACAUCACUUUUGUGCUUAUGAAGCCCUUUAAACAUGGCUCUGAGAGGCUCUUUAGAAAGUUAAGUAUUGAUACUUUGCUGAUUGUUUAAAAGUUGUUUGAUUCCUCAAUGAUGACCCCAAAAAACUGUUUUAGUGAGAAGAUACUAAACUGUUCCUGGAUGUUAAUGUUUGCUUGUAACAAAGUAAAAUUAUAUUUUCCUAAUGUUUCUUUAAAGUGGCAUUUAGCUCUUUUUUUUAAUGAAAUAAAAGCUUUUGUCUGGA